GUCCAGGUUGCCAGGCGAAGGCCAAGCGCUAACAAAGCCCGAUUGGUCCCACCCCACCUCCCCGGUCCCUUGAGCCCGAAGCCGGUACCGUCUUUCCCCGCCCGGGUUCUGCGGCUUUCCCCUCCGCCAAGGGUGCGUGGGACUGGCUCUGUCCCCACACCUCCUGCCUGAGGCCAGACGCGAGGUGUCGCCUCUUAUCAGACAGCCGGUUUGGGAGCGAGCCUCAGGUCGACCAAGCAAUGCCUCAGACAGAUAAGCAAAUAUGCAUCCCCCCGGAGCUGCCGGAAUUGCUGAAGCAAUUCACCAAAGCUGCCAUUCGGACCCAGCCGCAGGAUCUCAUCCAGUGGGCUGCAGAUUAUUUCGGGGCUAUGUCCCGUGGAGAGAUUCCUCCAGUGAGAGAGCGGUCUGAGCGAGUGGCUUUGUCUAACUGGGCAGAACUUACACCUGAGCUGCUAAAGAUCCUGCAUUCUCGGGUUGCUGGAAGACUGAUUAUCCACGCAGAUGAGCUGGCCCAGAUGUGGAAGGUGCUGAGUCUCCCAACAGACCUGUUUAAUAGUGUGAUGAAUGUGGGCCGUUUCACGGAGGAGAUCGAGUGGCUGAAGUUUUUAGCUCUUGCUUGCAGUUCUCUUGGAGUCACCAUUGCCAAAACCCUCAAGAUAGUGUGCGAGGUGUUAUCAUCUGACCAUGACAGUGGACCUCCCCGGAUCCCAUUUAGCACCUUCCAGUUUCUCUACACAUAUAUUGCUGAGGUGGACGGGGAGAUCUCUGCCUCACAUGUCAGCCGAAUGCUGAACUACAUUGAACAGGAAGUAAUUGGUCCUGAUGGUUUAAUCAAAGUCAAUGACUUUACCCAAAACCCCAGGGUUCGGCUGGAGUAAAAGCACAGUUUGGGCCAUUUUAAAGGAAGAUAACAGAGUUGAUUGUGCUUCAGAACGACUGAACCCCACGCAUCAUCUAAUGUCAAUUUUCUUGUACAACUGGUCCACACCAAUAAACAAUUAAGCAAACCUAUGAA